CCAAUGGCGAGGAAUGGAGGUUGUUUUGAAUCGGCGAGACUGCCUAGCCAAUCAGGCCGGUCUCGUGUUGAGCUAGCGCGAGGCUGAGCGCGUGGGGUUUAAAGAGGAGAGAGAAGAGAAGACAGUGGCGAGCUUUCAGUCAACUCAACAACACAGAUUGAAAUACAGCACACGAGAAGACUUUAUUGGAUAUAGGCACCUCUCAUCUCACAAAAAUGGCAAAAGGAGACCCAAGGAAGCCCAAGGGCAAGAUGUCUUCUUAUGCCUACUUCGUUCAGACAUGCAGAGAGGAGCACAAGAAGAAAAGCCCCGAGAUUCCAGUCAGCUUUUCAGAAUUCUCCAAAAGAUGCUCUGCAAGAUGGAAGGCAAUGUCCGAUAAAGAGAAGUCCAGGUUUGAUGACAUGGCCAAACAGGAUAAGGUGCGUUAUGAUCAAGAGAUGAUGCACUACAUGCCUGGUGGCAAGAGAGGCAAAAAGAAGGAUCCCAAUGCACCCAAGAGACCAGCCUCUGGAUUUUUCCUGUUCUGCUCGGAACAUCGUCCACAAAUCAAGGCUCAGUAUCCCAGCUUGGGCAUCGGAGACGUGGCCAAAAAACUCGGCGAGAUGUGGAACGGCCUCACAGAUGCCACCAAACAGCCCUAUCUGAUAAAGGCCAACAAGCUGAAGGAUAAGUACCAAAAGGAUGUUGCGGACUACAAGACGAAGGGCAAGGUUGGGGCGGUGUCCAUGGGCAUGGGAAUGAUGGGGAAUGGUAUGGCUCCAAAACCCGUGAUGAAGAGCAAUAUGGAUGAUGAAGAGGAGGAUGAUGAGGAGGAAGACGAAGAAGAGGAUGAUGAUGAAUAUGAUGAUGAUGAAUAGACUGUCAUUUUUCUGUGUUUGGUCAAUUAUGAUUACAAUAACUUUUUCUCCCCAUUGAAGUCCAAUAGAUACGGAAUACACUGGUGGUCUUUCAUAGCCCCGUUGUUGUUUUAAUAGAGGUGGAAUGUGUAGUGUGCUGUUGGUGAGAGACUUACUAACACAGUUUCUUACUUCCAGCUUUGUGUGCGUGCGAGUGCAUGUGCACAUGUCAAGAUCUCACUUCAUCAUGGUAGCCCAGUGUCUUCCGAGCCCAUCUUUGUAACCUUUUACCAACUGUAUAACAGAUGGCCUUUUAAACAAGUAAUACCCUUCCUGUAUAUGUAAAUCCCUGACCUAUAUAUAUUUUUGUUUGUUUGUUUGUUUGUUUAAGAGGUUCCUGAGUGUGUAGCUCUGUGUAUGGUUGACAUUGAGUAGAUAUUGUUUAUGAUCGUAGUAUGUUGCAUGUGGAAAGGUGUCAUAGUUUGGAACUGUGCACCGACAUCGGACAUUUCAUGCUGAAACCAUCAUUAGCUUCCUCUUCCUUGUCCAGUUUAGGAAAAAAUCAGUGCAAAAGAGCAGUUGCCACCAGCACGUUAGUUAGUCCUGUUGCAGGGGUGUGCACUAUAUGUUGUUUACUAUACUACAUGAAAUAUUAGCACAUCCACGAUCAAUGUAGGAGAGAUAUUUGUAUUAUCUUUCUUAUAUAUUAACUGUUGUGUGAUCUAGGAAUGCACUAUAGAAAUACUGAUUUGUGUAAACUGCUAAUGCCAGGUCAAAAUGUUACAGUAUGGAGCAGAAAAGAACUAUUAGAACUCUUGAAAUUUGGAGUAAAAAAUACAAAGUUAUCAUUGCGGGAAAAAAAUAAUCACUGAUUAUACCUAAACAAUGUAAAAUGUCAGUACUGGCCAGUAUUGAUAUGGUCACUGAUAUAUUGUGCAUCCCUAGUUUAAUUCUUAUAUUUUGUUGAAUAUAAAGUAAGAAACAAUGCUGAUGAUAAGCCUGUACUUAUCUUGUAUCUAUGAUUUUCAUUUUAUAUGUUUGAGGUUUGCAAUUAAAUUGAAACAUUUUUA